AUGAAAAUGGAGAUGUACAAGCACAAGGUGAUAAAUUUCUUGACCAAAAAGGGUGAAGUCAACAAAGCAGAACCACCUUUGGAGGUUAAGGAAGUGUUUUCCAUGUAUGCAAAAGGUGGGAGCCACAUGUCCAAGGAUCAGAUCCUCCAGUUCAUGGUAGAGCACCAGGGAGAAAAGAACUGCACCUUAACGGAUUUGGAACCAAUUGUUGAGAAGGUUUUGCAAGUUGGAAGUUCUAAAACUAAAACUAUCAGUAUUGCUGGACUUAGUCUCAAUGACUUCAUCAAUUUUCUGCUUCUUGAUGAUUUCAAUGGUCCCUUGAAGGACGAGGUACAUCAUGAUAUGAGUGCUCCCUUGUCACAUUAUUUCAUGUAUACAGGACACAAUUCCUACCUGACUGGGAAUCAAUUCACCAGUGAGUGCAGUGAUGAGCCAAUUAUAGAGGCUUUGCAACAAGGUGUACGAGUAAUUGAACUAGAUUUAUGGCCAUCUUCAUCUAAAGAUGGUAUCAAAGUAGUUCAUGGAAGGACUCUUACAACUCCAGUCUCACUAACCAAAUGUCUGGAAUCCAUAAAGGAAUAUGCUUUUGUGAAAUCUGAUUUUCCAGUGAUUCUAACUUUGGAAGACCAUUUAACAUCAAAACUUCAGGCUAAAUUUGCUGAAAUGGCAACUCAAAUAUUUGGAGAAAUGCUUUAUUAUCCUGAGACAGAUUGUUUGACAGAAUUUCCUUCACCAGAAUCAUUGAAAAAUCGGGUAGUUAUAUCAACCAAACCACCAAAGGAAUAUCAGGAAUCUGAUAGUUCCAGCAAUCAUGAGCCCAAUGGAAGUGAUUCGUCUGAAGAAGAAUCAUGGGGACAAGCAUUGUCAGAUUCUAUGGCUAAACUGAAAAAUGAGGAGAGGAAUGAAAGUGAUGAAGAUGAGGAAGAUAUAAAUACAUGUGAUAACAAACCAAACCAGCUAGGUUCACGUCGAUACAAAGAAUUGAUUACAAUCUAUGGUGGGAAAUCAGAAGGUUCAAUGAAGGAUCGACUGAAAAUUGAUAGUAAAGUUAGAAGGCUAAGUUUGAGUGAGAAGAAACUCAAAAGUGCUUCUGAAUCUCAUGGAGCCGACCUUAUAAGGUUCACACAGAAAAAUAUCUUGAGAGUUUAUCCUAAAGGAGAACGUGUCCAAUCCUCAAACUUUAGGCCACAUUUAGGGUGGAUGUAUGGAGCUCAGAUGGUGGCAUUCAAUAUGCAGGGGCAUGGCAAAUCACUUCGGUUUAUGCAGGGGAUGUUCAGAGCAAAUGGAGGGUGUGGUUAUGUAAAAAAGCCUGAAUUUAUGAUGCAAAACCUUCCACAUGAAGAGCAGUUUGAUCCUAAAGGAACAUUGUCAGUGAAGCAGAUAUUGAAGAUAAAAGUAUACAAAGGAGAUGGCUGGAAGUCAGAUUUCAGUGCAACACACUUUGAUCUAUUCUCUCCUCCUGACUUUUACACAAAGGUCUGUAUUGUUGGAGUGCCAGCUGAUUCUGUCAAGAAGAAAACAAGUGUACAGAUGGAUAAUUGGUUUCCUGUUUGGGAUGAAGAGUUUGAAUUCCCCUUGACUGUUCCAGAGCUUGCUUUGCUCCGAAUAGAGGUAAAGGACAAAGAUAAGGGAAAGGAUGACUUUGCAGGACAAACAUGUUUGCCAGUAUCAGAGCUAAGACAUGGAUUUCGGUCAGUCCCUUUGCAUGACACAAAAGGAAAGAAGUUUAAAUCUGUGAAGCUUUUAGUACGGUUUCAGCUUGAAACUCUAGAUGAAUUCUAGAUAUCAUUUGUCUAAUUAUAUGGUCUUCUAGAUUAUCAUGCUUGAAAAGAACCUUCUUCAUCUUUAGUAGCUUGAGACAAUGCUAUAGAAUUUGGAGGUAACCUUCAAUAUCACAUAGUUUUG